AUGGGAUGGGGAAAGAAAUCGUCGUCAUCGGCGGUCCCUAAGCCGCCUGCACAACCGCCCAAAUCACCAGCCAAACCGCCGUCUUCUUCAGCAUCGCAGCCUAGCUCCCGUGAUCCGGCCAUAGUUCCACGCGCAGACUGCAAGAAGAACUAUUACUACCAGCAGAUGUUGCAUCGCCAGCUGAAUGAUGAUGGUAGCACCGACAACCUGGCCACGCGCAACAGCUUUUCGUCGUCCGAGAACAAGACAAUCCGAGAAGACAUUCGCAUGGGAGAUCAGGAGGUGCUGCGUGACAUCCGCGAGCUCAAGAGCGCUGGAAGCAACGUCCGCAGAUCGCGAUCGCCCCAGUUGCGGCCGCCUAGCGUCCACCAACGGCUUCCCUCGGACGAUUCCAUGUCCAAUUCGACCGACUACUAUGUGGAACCUCUAAACAGUCCUCUGCCUUCCAUAUCCACGUCAGACACGUCUCUGACAGCUUCCACGGCAUUUUCCCGUGACCACCCGUCAGUGGUGAACUCAAAAGCUGCGGUGGCCAGUGUGAAAUCCGCUAAAUCGGAUAUCAGCAUGAGAAGUACAUCGAAAUCCGUGGAGCGAAAUCCAUUCACCGGAGUGAUUACUACCAAACACGACAUGGAACACGAAGGUUGGCUCAACAACUCGCUAACGCCAGGCGCACAAUGGCGCUUGUCCCGAGGAGUGGUAAGAAAUGGUCAACUGCUGGUAUACAAGCCGCCGUCCGAUCUAUCCAACCGAUUCCUCGACCCCGACGCCCCCCGAACACAACCCUCGUCGACACACACUGCCAUUUCAGCACCGUUCAACGCCGCUCCAGUGUCCGAUGGCAUGCUGUCGCAUGCCUCAGCUGAGCCUCAUCCGUCACUCGAACUCGAUUCCAGCGGCACUCGCAUCAUGGGAGGCACUGUGGAAGCUGUGUGCCACCAGCUUCUGUUUGGAGACGACGAUCUGCUCGCGGAAUCGAUAGUCUACGUGCUGCCCCUAUUCACAGAUGUGGUUUAUGCACUGGACAAGAUGUGCGAGUACAUAAUUGGACCCGUCAGAGACAGCCGCUCGAGCUUGGCACGCUACCAAGAACGAGCCGUGGCCCGAGCUGCCAUGGCUGUGCGAAAGAUCCAAGACGACUUUUCAGGCAUGCUGCUGGAAACAUCCAUCUGCUCGGCUUUGCUUAAACUCAUUGACGGUAUUGGUGCUCUGUCGGACCAGGUGAGCACCGAUCUCAAGGUCAGCGUCUUCAAAAAACAGCGCCACAUGGGCGAUCUGCUUACCCCCAGUCGAGAGGGUACUCUGUGGUCAGUACAACCAAAACUACCAGAAUCCGUCAACGAGCGGCUGCAAUCAUUUCUGGUGUUCACCGAGCAACAGAACCAGCUUGGUGCUAUGCAAUCGUCGUCUGCGUCGUCGUCGUCAUCGCACUCUUCACAAUUCGGCUCGUCGUCGAGCCCCCAGACGUUCCCACCCGACCUCUUCCUCGACACUAGCAUUGAUCUUCUCGCAUCGCAGGUCUACUACUUUCACCUGCAGUUUUCAGGCGCAUGGUCGCCUGCGUCAGACAUGUCGCUGCUGUUUGGUGGUCGAUGGAACUACUGGCGCCACAAUCCGCUCAUCUUCGACUCUCUGUCGGUCCACUUUUUAGGAGGAGUUCUGCUGGAGCACCUGUUUUCUGGCUCUGGCGCGGUGUCAUCUGCCUACAGAGGCAAGCUACUCUCGCAUUGGAUCUCGCUUGGAAACGCCCUCAAGAACUGUGGCGACAUGGUUGGCUGGCUAGGCAUUGCGGGAGUUGUCUGCUCACCACCUGUACUGCGUCUACGAGACUCAUGGGGCUUUGUGUCCACGGAAAUCAAGGAUUCUGUUACCAAGGAAUGGGCCCCCGUGGUGUUUGACUUAGAGCGGCGUCUCAGAGUCACCGACAUGUCGCGAAAGUCUACAUAUCACGUGCUUGCGCCCCAGGGCAUUGGCCAGAGCUACCCCAAGGAGCGGGUGGUCCCAUUUUUCGGCGACCUGUGUGUCCGAUACGAAGAUGGAUCAUCCUUCCGUCAGUGCGAGUCGCGUCUGAACCGUAUCCGUACUGCAUUUGAGCGGUGGCAGACGUACCUGGAUCAGGUACCUCAGAUCGACACCUUUGACUCUGCCGCCGAGCCCAUCUCCGCACUCCAACGAAUGCUGUACUACCUGUUGAACCGCCAUUCACAGGGAAACAUUCCCUUCCACGUGUCCAACAAGGAGCCCAUCUCUGCGCUGCUGAAAAUGUCGCUGCAGUGCGAACCGUCGUCCAGUGGGCGAUACCUGCCCCACUUUUAUAAUCAGCAGCUUCCUCUGCUGAUGGGCAGUUUUGUACCCACCGUGUUCACAGACGUGACUCCGUCGUAUCGGCUCUUUUCCAAGACCGAUCUGCUCACUUUUGCAGGAUUUGGCUCCCCAACCAAGAGAAGUGGCACUGGCAUUUCGUCACCUCUUCGGUCUCUGCCUUCUGGUACUUCUGGCACUGAGGUGGAUCAGUUUGCCCGGCGGUAUGUGAGCCAGUUCAGUACGCAGCAUCCUCUGAUUUGUUCCUUGCGAGACAUCAUGAAUGUGGGCUCUAGCAUGAUCCAGGGCGAUGACGUACUUCUCAAGGUGGUUUCUGAGGGCCCUGAGGGCUCAGAUCCUACUGUCGUUGUCAAAGCUGCUUCUUUGGACCGGCUUAUUGACAUUCUGAUCCUUGGUGUGGGACAUUUUGCUCCUCGGGUCAAGAUGGACAUGGAUCUAUACACACUGACGUUUUUCGCGACAUUCCGGUCCUUCUGCUCGCCCACCCAGUUGCUGGACGCGUUUCGACGACGGUUUGUGGGCGCCCAGUCUGGCUCCACGUCUCUUACAAUGCCUAGAACUUUUGAUCAAAAGUUCCCCGACUGGGAUUCCACUCACAUCCCCGAGAAGCAGCCCGACUACAGACUGAUGGCCCAGAUACAGAUUGGCAUUCUUGAGGCCUGCUUCCUGUGGGUGUCGCAGUACUUUAUCGACUUUGUCAAUGAGUACGCUGUCAGAGAGCUCUUUCUGGACUUUUUGGCCACUCUGGAGGUUGAGAUCUCUCGAUGGGGAAGUGUUGUGUUCAACAGUGAAGACAUUGUUCUCUACCGAGAGUCUCUCGAGGGUCUGCACAAGAAGCUGCGAAAAUUGUUCAUCAAGAAGAGCUAUCGGCCCGUGUCUGCCCCUCCCAAGAUCCCUUACUUUGGUCCUUCAUCCAAAUACAUCCAGAUGCCCAUCAAUUGCGGUAUCAGCGAUGUUGAGUCUUGGAUUUCUGAGGUGGAUCUGAUGGCUGCCCACAUCUUUGCUCUGGUGCCUCUGAAGGACUGGAUGUCUCUAUACGAGACUCUGGAGGUACAGGGCGUGGAGCCAUUGGGCUUCUUUGCAUUCCGAACGCCCUCUAUGGCCACCGAAGACGAGGUUAUUGUGCAGAGCGUCUACACCUACUUUGAGACGCUUUUCCGUGACAAGCCCGAGGACCGGGUGCUUUUGAACCUCCCCUUUGCAGUACAGGAACUGUUGCGACUCCACAACAACUUUGUUAGCUACCUGACUGCCCAGUUGACGGACCUGUCCAUUAGACCCGAAAUUCGAGUGGCUCGAAUGGAGACGUUGCUCAAGGGCAUUGGCAUUUGUCGUCGACGAAUGAAGGCUGCUCGGGUGUUUGAAAUGUCGCCCAUGGCCGAUCCCGAAGAGGGACCCCCUCCUCUGUCUCCCUCGGUUGCUCCUGCCAUCCCCUCCUUUGUGGAGGUUGCUUUGGCGGCUGCAGCCAUCCGACCCGAGUCCCGGCUCUUCACCGGCUCGUGGUUUGCUGCUGCCAAGGAGUGUGGUUCAUCCACUGCCGACUCUCUGGAGUCCAUCAUACCGUACGUGGAUGGCCAGCUCCAGAACAAGCCUCUGACUCCCUGUGUAGGCUGGCUGAUUGAGCGAAUGUUGGAGGCGUCGUGUCACGUGCCCAACAUGUGUGUGGAAACUCCCAAGCUCAUCAACUUUGACAAGCGGCGGUACGCCUACAAUCUGGUGGGGAAUGUGUGCGACAUUAGACCCCUAGAUGAACAGCAGGACAUGAACUUGCCCGAACAGACCAAGCGAAUGAGCUUUUUGAUCAACCUGUCCAAGGCUUCGUUUGCAAUUGACCGUAAGGUGACCAAGGAGCAUGCCGCCCGCGAAGCCAAGGCCUAUGGCAAGUCUAAGAACCGGGUUUUUACCCACUGUGUGGGUGCUGAGCUGGAGAAGAUCAAGCGAGAUGUUCGACAGCGAGAGGUUCUCGAUCGAAAGCGCCAACACGCCGUUCGAGCGCCCACCUCGUCUUCCAACUCGGAAAAGCGAGGCAAGUCGCGUCUGGGAGGCUUUCUCAAGGCUGUGCGACCCAUAUCCAUGGCUCUGGGCUCGUCUUGGACUCCUCCGCAAUCCCAGGAGGCAUCUGGAAUCAAUCCCCUGGAUCUCCCCACCUUUUCGGUGGACAAGGUCAAGCCGUUCAGAUCCAUUCCUCUCGGUCACUCCGACAUUUUCCCUGUGCAUGCGCUGUCCAAGUCCAUGUUCAAGAUUGUGGACUCUUCGGGCGAGUACUCGUUCCAGGCUGCGUCUGAGGCCGACAGCGAGAUUUGGCUCAAGGCGCUCACUCGGGCCAAGAACAGUGCUCCUCAGACGAGCCAGUCCACUCGACAGAUGGGUCGGGUGUUUGGCGUGCCCGUUGCUGUUGUCUGCGAACGAGAGCAGGCUGCUAUUCCUUACAUUUGUGAGGUGUUACUUAACGAGAUUGAGGCUCGAGGUCUGGACGAGGUUGGUCUGUAUCGAAUUUCCGGUUCUCUCAACAACGUCAAUGCUCUCAAACAGGCCUUUGACAAUGGUGAGCGUCCCGAUAUGAACGACGACCGAUGGUAUGAUGUCAACACUCUGGCAGGCUGCUUUAAGCUGUAUCUGCGAGAGAUGCCCGAGCCGCUGCUUCCUCUGGAGCUGCUCCCUGACUUUGUGUCUUCCACCACAGGUCCACAGCCUGACCUGGCUGGCCUUCGAGCUGCUGCCGAUCGAAUGCCGGCACCCAACCUCAAUUUGCUGCGACGUCUGGUGCAACAUCUGUCUCUGGUGACCACGCACGGCGAGCAGAACCGAAUGCAUGCGGUAAACCUGGCCAUUGUGUUCUCCAUGUCCCUGUUGCCGCCCAAUGCCUCGGCCAAUGUUUCUACGGAUCUCAGCAGUAUGCAGACGGUUCUCAAGCUGCUCAUUAUCCACUGCGAUGGAGUGUUUGGCAGCCUGGAUGGAGGAUCUACUACGGUUGUCGAUGGUGCAUCGACACCAUCGUCUGGCCAGCUGGAGGCCCCCGACAUGGCUUCGCUGACUCUGUCCGAGUCCAAGUCGACUUCAACGGUGGACUCUCUAGAGAUGAUGCAGGCGCCCACUUCUCGUCGACGACAGCCUGCGGGCCAAAACCCUAACAGACGAUUUUCCGUGCUCAAUGAGGGCACCAACUUUUCUGACCUGGCUCAUCAGUUUGGGUCUCAGGAGAGUUUGCAUUAA